AUGAUCCCACGGUGGCUGCUGCUCACACUGAGCCUGCUGCUGGUAUGGACAUCACAGCCAGCAGCGGCAAAAGGAAACGAGCCGAAAAUUGUAACCCAUGAGCUCACCUCUCCGCCCGCAGACCUGUUCUACUUCCACGGCACAAACACCAUCCUCUACCGCGAUAGCAGAUCCCUUACUGCGCGUGUUUCCUUUGAUGGGGGCGAAAAAUGGGAGGAUGUCAAGCCCAAGGAUGGUACGAUGGAAGGCACCGUCGAGCUGAUUUGGAGACAUCCCUUCGACGACAACCGUGCCUACAUUCUCGGACACAAUGGCAAGCACUGGAUCACGACCGACCAGGCCAAGUCAUGGAGGCCAUUUCAGGUGGAUGUGGUGCAAUUUACAUCGAUGCACUCAUUUCCAUUGGAAUUCAAUGGUUGGGAUCCCAAGAAGGUGAUCUUCAUGGGUCUGGAUUGCACCAUUUUGGGCUGUGUGCCUCAAGCGUAUUACACUGUCAAUGAUUUCGAAACUGUGCAGCCCUUGCGCGAGAUGACGCUCCAGUGUAUGUGGGCUGCAAGCCGCCCGCAGUUCGCGUUGGAUAUGGAGGUGCCGAAGUCCAUGGGAGACCGAAUCUUUUGCGUGGUGCCUGGACUGAAGGGACCAUUUGACCACACCCGUACCGAACGAUUGAUAUAUUCAGAUAACUUCUUCAAGGAUGAGGCGGAGGGCACUGAAGCUAAGUUGUCUCAGGGACAACCGAUGAGCGGCAUCAGCCUUCAGAUUCGCUCCGUGACCAAGUACCUCGUGGCGCGCCUCCAAUCGCGCGGUACGCAGGAACAGGCUUUGUACAUCAGCGACGACGCAAAUGUGUGGCAUCGCGCGGAGUUCGGAAAGCACCGCAUUGAAGAAGAUGCGUAUACGCUUUUGGAAAGCACAAACUACAGCCUUCAGAUCGACGUGCAGACCACUUGGCAUGACAACCGGAUGGGUAGCCUCUUCUCCUCCAAUUCCAAUGGCACUUAUUUUACGCAGAAUAUCGAGCAUACGAAUCAGGAUCUCAAUGGCCUGGUCGAUUUCGAAAAAGUGUCGGGUAUACAGGGCAUCGCGAUCGUCAACACGGUCAAGAACUGGGAGGAAGCCGAGAAGUCCGAUGCGGAGCAGAAGAAGCUUGUCAGCAGCAUCAGUUUUGACGACGGGAGAACCUUCCAACCUCUCAAGGCGGAUAAAGACGAGCUGCACCUUCACUCGAUGACUACCUACGUCGCGCUGCGCGAAUUGCCGAUGCCCGAUCACCGCAUGUUCUCUAGCCCGGCUCCAGGCUUAGUUAUGGGCGUUGGUAAUACUGGAGGUCACCUGAAGGAGUAUUCCGAUGCCGAUCUCUACGUGUCGGACAACGCGGGUCUGACCUGGCGCCGAGCGCUGAAGGGUCCGCACCGGUACGAGUUUGGUGACCAGGGAGGUGUGAUCGUGGCUGUCAGUGAUGGCAGCAAGACGGACAAGGUCCAAUUCUCUAUCGACCACGGUAAAGAGUGGGAGUCCAUCGAACUGAAGCACAAGAUCAGGCCUCUUUAUGUAAUCACGACUCCGGAUUCGACCACCCUCAAGUUCUUGGUGGUUGGUCUUUCCGACGAUGGAAACAAGAUCAUCAUGUAUUUCAUCGAUUUCGAUGAUCUCCACGAGCGCCAGUGUGGAUCCGGAGAUCUUGAAAAGUGGACGGCUCGUUUGAACGAGAAGGGUGAGCCGGACUGUCUGAUGGGCCAGAAGCAGUUCUUCCACCGUCGCAAGGCGAACGCCAAUUGCUUCAUCAAGAAGGAGUUCGCCAUCAGCGGUCCGGAGUUCGAACCCUGCAAGUGUUCUGCUGAGGACUUCGAAUGCGACUACAACUUUGUUCGCAGCGAGGAUCGCACAGAGUGUGUACCUGCUGUCGCGCUGACGCCCCCGGCUGGCGAAUGCAAGGAGUCCAGCGAUAAGUACAUGGGUCCCUCGGGAUGGCGACUGAUCCCUGGCAACGCAUGCACCCGCGAAGGAGGCGAAGAUCUCGAGCGUCAGGUUGAGCGUUCGUGCUCGAACACCACCGGGCCGAUGCCUAUCGCCGACGGCAAGCCUCGCGCAGAAAAGCCACAGGUCAUCUCUGCCAAGCAGACAAUCUACUUCUACCUCGAACGACAGGCCAGUAACAAUGGCGUGGAUGAGACUAUCAUGAUGCUCACAGACAAGUACGAGCUGCAUAUUUCGCGCGACCACGGCCGGAACUGGGAGCACAUCCUCAAGGACGAGAAGGUCACGGAAAUGGCUCAGCAUCCAUAUUUCAGUGAUGGCGCCUUCUUCCUCACUGACAGCAAGAGGGUGUACUACACGAUCAAUCACGGUGAUUCUUUCCACUACUUUGAUGCUCCCAGUGCGCCGAACAAGGAGGGCCUUCGUACGAUGGCUUUCCACGAGCAGCUUCAGGACUCACUCAUCUGGAUUGGCAACAAGGACUGCGAUGGCAACAACUGUCGCUCAGAGGCGUUUAUCACCGAUAAGCGAGGCGCUAGUUGGGACCCGAUGCUUAUCGGUGUUGGCGACUGCACCUUCGGAGCCCACGAAGGCCGCAAUAACAGUGAUACAUUGAUUAUCUGCGAGCAGUACAAGGACGAGGAGAAGAUCAAUGACAGGCAGCUGGUUAUCAGUGACGACAGGUUCUCUACCAAAGAGGUCAAGUUUGAGAACAUCGCCCACUACGCUACCAAGAAUGGCUUUAUCGUCGUGGCCUGGUUCGAUGGGCCCGAAAAGAAGUACCUCAACGCCAGUGUCAGUGUGGAUGGCCGCACCUACGCGGAUGCGCACUUCCCCUUCAACAUUAACGUCCCUCAAUAUACCGUCCUACCUAGCUCCCCGCACGCACUGUUCCUCCUCGUGGAGGUUAGCGCUGCGGAGGGCCGCAGCUUUGGCUCCCUCGUCAAGAGCAACAGCAACGGCACAUACUUCGUCCAGAGUCUCGAGGCUGUCAACGUCAAUGACCGCGGCCUUGCGGACUUCGAUGAGAUGAAAGGCCUCGAGGGUGUGCUUGUUGCCAAUGUCGUCGUUAACACCGACGAGGUGCUCAGCAAGGGCGCAACCAAGAAGCUACGCACUGUGAUCACCCACAACGACGGAGGCCAGUGGAUGCUUCUGCCUCCUCCGGCUAAGGGCAUCGACGGUAAGGAGUUCGACUGCCGAGUCGCCGAGGGCAAGGGAACCGAGAAGUGCGCCCUUCAUCUCCAUGGCUACACUGAACGUCGGGAUUACCGCGACACUCUCUACUCGGGCUCCGCUAUCGGCCUGAUGCUCGCCCUAGGUAACGUCGGUGACCAUCUCACUAGCGCCGCCGAAGCCGACACAUUCCUCACCCAGGACGGUGGCCUCACCUGGAUGCAAGUCAGUAAGGGACCGACCAUGUGGGAGUUCGGCGCUGCGGGCUCGGUAAUCGUUCUCGUCAGCGACCGAAAGGCCACUAAGGUGGUCCACUACUCGCUCGACGAGGGUCACACCUGGAAUGAGUUCCAGUUCUCCGACAAGGAAUUAGUCAUCGACGAUAUCUCGACAGUGCCUUCGGAUACCUCGAAGAACUUCCUGCUCUGGGGCACGGAUUCCGGCAAGCGUGUAACCAUCACAUUAGAUUUCAGCGGCAUCUGGAGUCGGGACUGUAAUGACGAUGAGAACGACUACUAUACCUGGACCCCCAAGCACCCGCUCCAGGAGGAGAACUGUCUCUUUGGUCAUGUCGAACAAUACCAUCGCAAGAAGCCUACCGCUGAAUGCUGGAAUGCAUGGCGCGAACCUCAUAUCCACAGCAUUGGCCGGAACUGCACCUGUACCCGUGCUGAUUACGAAUGCGACUAUAACUACGAGAUCCAAAAUGAUGGCAGCUGUGGGCUAGUCCGAGGCCUGCAGCCACAAGACCACAUCUAUCAAUGUACACAAAAUCCCGACGCAUUUGAGUACUGGGAGCCCACAGGCUACCGACGAAUCCCACAAACAACCUGCCAAGGCGGACUCCUGCUCGACCAAGACGUGUCCAAGCCAUGUCCGAACAAGGAAGAAGAGUACCAUAAGAAGCACGGCAUCAGCGGCACAGGCCUCUUUUUCGCGAUUGUGACACCCAUUGUCGUCGCGGUGGCCGUCGGUUGGUACGUGUACACACACUGGGACGGCAAAUUCGGACAGAUCCGCCUCGGCGAGGGCGGAAGCGUGUCAUCUACGGGUUUAUUGUCGCGGGAGUCGGUGCUUGUGGCGGUACCGGUGGCCAUCAUCGCGGCUGUCGUUGCCGUUGCGCAGUCUUUGCCAUUACUGGUCAGAAGUCUGGCGCGCAGUGCGUCGGGUCUGUUUGGUCGGAGGUCGCAGAGACCGUACAACACGCGCGGCUCCUUUGCGGCGCGUCGGGGCGAUUACAGUUCUGUUGUCGACGAUGAGGAUGAAUUGCUCGGCGCGGACGACUUUGACGAUGAUGAGGAAGCUUAG